GAAAAAUUUGCCUCUGUACUUCAUCCUCUCUCUCCCUCAUCAAACUACAGAACAGCCUGUAAUCAUAGGUCAUUGAAUUUUAUAAUAGACAGACGGAUACCUCAUCUAUCUAUUUUAGAAUUUGAUUUGGGUGGUUGAGAAUUCAAUUGAUGAAUUUUGAUGUCAUGAAAAUCGCUUUGGAUUUGUAAACCAAUUUUAUCGAAGAUGGCGACAAGUAGAAGUGGAACAACAUUUGCCAAAACAAAGAGAAUGGAAGGGUUCACUGACAAUCUCACAUUUGCAGCUUGUGAGUGGUUUUUGAUAUUCCUAUUGUUAGUGGAAUUAUUGCUAUCAUAUAUACUCAAAAAAUUUGCAAGUUAUUGCAAGUUGCAAUUGCCGUGUUUAUUAUGUUCUAGGCUUGAUCAUAUCUUAGACGGUGAAAAGCCGGAGUUUUUUCAUAACCUAUUUUGCAGCAAUCACAAAUCAGAAAUAUCGUCUAUGAUGUUAUGUCAUAUUCACGGUAAGCUUGCAGACGGUCAUAAGAUGUGUGAUGAUUGUCUUCUGUCGGUCACUACAAACACCAAGCGCAACACGAAAACUCAUAGGUUGUUGGCGGGUAAAUUUGGUGUUACCGGUGGUUCUGCUUAUCAAAGCUUGCCAUUGAGCCGGGAUUUGUUUACUAGACCUAAGGGGUCAAGGCCAUGUAGUUGUUGUGGUAAGCCUUGGAAGUUAGAACCAAAUGGCUUUAGAUCUAUGCAGUUAAAAUCACCUGGGAGAGCUGUUCAUAAGCCGUACAUUCCUUUGCCACGUCCACCAAGGCAAAGCCGUUUAAAUCAUCGUGAUAACUUGAAGAAAAUAAGAGAUAAAACUUUGGAAUCCGAAGGAGGAAGGCGUUUUCCUCCAUCAGCUAAUGUUGGAUACACUGUGUUGAGACUAACUUCUGAUUCUGAGUCAGAGUUUCAAUUUUCGGAUGAUGAUUAUUAUGAUGAUGAUGCUGGUAGUAUAUUUCAUGACAAAUUUGAAGCUAGAAAUGACACCGUUGCUCAAAAUACAUCAAAAUCACAUACAGAACGUGCCACGAGUGAUUCGAAUCCACCAAAGUCAAAGACUAGUUCUCCCAAACACGUGCCUUUGCCGGAGGUCAUUAAGCACCAAGAUGGGAAUGACAGUUGUGUGGAAGAUUUUAAGCGGACGCAAGCUGAUCAUAGUUCAUCAAGUUCUGACCUUCCUGAGCUCAUUUCACUAGACGAGCUUUCAUCAUCACAUGUUGUUAAUCGAGAACCAAAAUCAGAAGACACUAAGAUUACUGAUCAUUCUGAGAAUUCUCUUCCUGGUCAGCUAUCUGAGCUUAUGACAUUGGAUGGGAAUCAAAUACUUGCUAGAAAAUCGUCAGAAAAAUCUGUAAAUGUUACACAAGUGCAUGAUGUUGGACUCGUAUCCGAAGAGAAUUUGAAAAUCUCGAAGAAGAUUAAUAUAAUGAAAGAUGCAUCUACUCAAACUGAUUUAAUGGUAAGCGACUCUGCGCCUCUAAGUCUGACACAAGAGAAUUCAAGUAAUGCAAGUAAGUCCUCUAUCACCACUGAAGAAAGAGGAGUACCUAGUUUUGUCAUAGAACAACCACCCUCCAAAGAAGUCGAUAAAGUCGAGGAAGAGCAGGAGCAAUCACAACCAUCACACAAUACUUCUCUCCAUGAGUCUAAUAUAUCAUUAGUUGCUCCUAUAAAUCAUGUUCACACCCCCGAGAUACAUGCUGAGGCAACGGAAUCUGGUCUUGAAUCACUGGCUGAAAGCAAUAUGACUGAAAUUGAAGGCGAAUCUAUUGUUGAUCAAUUGAAGCGACAAAUUGAGUAUGACAAAAAAUGCAUGGAUGAUUUGCAGAGAGAAUUGGAGGAAGAAAGAAAUGCUUCUGCUAUUGCCGCAAACGAAGCAAUGUCUAUGAUCACAAGGUUACAGGAGGAGAAGGCGGCAUUGCAAAUGGAGGCUCAUCAAUAUUUACGAAUGAUGGAAGAGCAGGCAGAAUAUGAUAACGAAGAAAUUGAGAAAAUUAAUGAUCUACUCACGGAAAAGGAAAAAGAAAUACAAGAUUUGGAAGCUGAGUUAGAAUUUUAUCAGCUAAACUCAAACCUUACCGAUGAGCCUAUGGUCGACAAUAUGCAUGAAGAAAGUAGGGAUUUAAAGGGGGGAAAUGUCACGGCACAAAGUAUUUGUCUACAUAACGUCACAGAUACCGUAAACAAUAUCCCCGAUUCAAAAUUGUCCGAAGAAUCCAAAUCCAGAGAUGAAGUUGUGGCUGGUGAAACCUCUACUUUAGGAUUUGAAGAGGAAAAGCAAUACAUUUCACAAUGUUUGGAUACCUUGGAAAAGAAGCUUCACCAAAUUACCACUGAAGAACCUAAUGAUGGAUUUCCAUCGAAUCCACAAGGAGAUUAUUAUAGUGAAGGGUCUCAUUUAGAUGGUCACGAGGAGACUGGUUUGUCCAUAAAAACGAAUAGAACAUCGAAUGGCAGUCAUGAUGAUAAGGAUGACGCAACUGCAUCAGAUACCGAUGAUUGUUCAAUUAGCAUUGAAAACAAUGAUUCCACACCUGUAGAACCAAAAUCAUCCAGAUCUAGAAGAGAAGAUGAUUUGGUUUUUCUAGAAAAUGAAAUAGCAGACCUUCAUGACCGGUUAGAGGCACUCGAAUUUGAUCAUGAUCUUAUUGAGCACAUAACAAAUUCUCUUCAAAAUGGAAGUGAUGGAAAAAAAUUUAUUCAAGACAUAGCUCAUCAGUUGCGUGAACUGCGAAAAAUUGGAAUGCGAUCAAGAUGACAUAAAAAGAAUGGUGGACAUGUCUUUUUUCCUGGAGGAGAUUGUUCAAUGAUUACGAAAAUUGAUGAACAAACUCAGCAAAUUCUAUGUUAUGCAAGAUCAAAAGGCAUUCCAGGAAACCAAAGAAAUCACAGAAUCAUGUAUUAUUCUUUUGAUUUCUGUAUAUUGUGGAAAGCCAUGAGAUAAUCUCAAGUGCAAAAAGUAUCUCCACAUAUGCUUUGAACAAUUUUUGUUUUUAUAGAAGAACAAAUUAAUGUUUAAUUAUAGAGUAGUAAUAGCUAGGAAUAGCAAACUUUAAUUUUAUUCUCUUGAGUGAGUUUUCCUCUUGUUCUUUGUGUUCUGUAAACUGAAUAGACGAUGGAGUUUUGUCCUGAGGUAUAUUGUAUUGAUAAGAUGUUAUAAAGGGUCCAAGUUUGUAAAGAUGAUUUUUAAAUAAAGCAAUAUUGUUAUAUACUUGUAAUAUAUAGCUGAAAAUCAUGGCAUCAAUUUCCCAUAAAA